CACAUUUCGUCCAAGGAUCAGUCAGCAGCUACCAGCUCCUGAGAGAGUGAGCCAUGGAUCUCCUAUCUUCUGCUGUCUGGGCUGUAGUGCUAGCAUUGGUUCUAUAUCUUCUCUCUGUGCUUAAUGACUGGAAAACAACACCAAAGAAUUUUCCUUCAGGGCCGAGGCCUCUGCCUAUCAUUGGGAACCUGCAUAUCAUAAAUCUUAAGAAACCUUACCUGAGUCUAAUGGAGCUUUCGAAGACGUAUGGCUCUGUGUUCACCAUACAAAUGGGCAUGACGAAAAUGGUGGUGUUGACUGGUUAUGAGACAGUGAAGAACGCACUGGUGAAUCACGCAGAAGAGUUUGGUGAAAGGGCUUAUGUCCCAAUUUUUAAAGCGCUUCAGAAUGGAAUGGGUCUUAUAUUGUCCCAUGGAGAUAACUGGAAAGCCAUGAGAAGAUUUACGAUUACAACCUUACGUGACUUUGGCAUGGGAAAGUGCACUAUAGAGGAUAGAAUUCUAGAAGAAUGUUAUCAUCUGGUUCAGAGAUUUCAAUCAUUCCAAGGGAAACCGUUUGAUAACUUGAUAUCUGUGAACGCUGCGGUUGGAAAUGUGAUUGUGGCAAUUUUGCUUGGACAUCGCAUGGAUUUUGAGGACCCCACCUUUUUACGACUCUUGAGCCUGACAAUUGAUAAUGCUAGAUAUGUGGCAUCACCUAUGACAGUGCUGUACAAUAUGUAUCCCGGUGUUAUGAGGUUCUUUCCCGGAAGUCACAAAACACUUAUCACCAAUGUAGCGGAAAUAAAUGAGUUUAUCACAAAAACCUUUGUCAGCUCUCUGAAAGAACUGGAUGCGAAUGACAUGAGGAGUUUAAUUGACGCGUUUCUUGUCAGACAACAAGAGGAGAAAGACAACCAACAUUCAUAUUUCCAUAAUGAAAACCUUAUCUCUCUUGUGCGAAAUCUGUUGACUGCUGGAAUGGAAACGACAGCAAGCACUGUCCGCUGGGGUCUUCUUCUCAUGACAAAAUAUCCAGAAGUCCAAGAUAAGGUACAUAAGGAAAUUGAGAGAGUGAUUGGGACUCUGCAGCCUAAAUACGACCAUCGUCACCAAAUGCCGUAUACCAACGCUGUAAUACACGAGAUACAGAGGUUUGCUAACAUAGUGCCCAUGAACCUACCUCAUCAGACUACUAAGGAUGUGACCUUCAUGGGGUAUUUUCUGCCAAAGGGUACUUAUAUAAUUCCCCUUCUUACUUCUGUGCUGAAAGACAAGACUCAGUUUGCGGAACCUGAACUAUUUAAUCCCCAACAUUUCCUUGACUCAGAUGGGAAUUUUGUGAAGAGAGAGGCAUUCAUGCCAUUUUCUGCAGGUCACAGGGUCUGUGCUGGGGAAAAUCUGGCGAAAACGGAGCUGUUCCUGUUCAUUACGAGUCUGCUACAAAAGUUUACAUUCCGGAAACCCCCGUAUGUGAGUGAGGUGGACCUAACGGCAGCAGCUGGAAUAAUCACUCCCCCUAUGCCUCAUGAGAUCUGCGCCGUACCGCGGCUGUAAGACACAUGUAUGCAGGAAUAUCACCCACUAGGGAUCCUUAGUCUAUGGGCCUAAUUCAGCAUGAGUUGUGGUUUUGCAAAAAUGUGCAAAACUACAGUACAACUUAUCCACUGCGAAGGCAGUCACUGGGACGCCAUGCAAACGGUCCGGUGUCCGUACCGCGCUCCCCCAACGCAGCUUCGACACCUCCAAAAUGCCACGUCGGCGCACCCUGCCCACCCCACUAACACCUCUGACUGUCAGUCAGUCCGGGGCGUACGCAUAAGGGAGAUGCCGUCACAUCUCACUCUGUGCACAUGUGCAGUGUGACUCCUGUGUUUGCGGACACUGCACGGGGGCUUCGGUAUGCCAAUGCAUCGCAGAUGCGUCUCAUGCUGAGUUAGGCCCUAUGUCACCUCUCACAGUAAUCUGUGACUUUGUGAAUGUCUUUCACAGUUUUUGGAACCUGUAAAAUAAA